ACACACCACAGCCCUGCACUGGAGGAAUUGCCCUCAGCUCUCGCAGACCUGCAGCUGACAGCAAGGUUGUAAUCUAGCUCCUAUAGCAAGGAAUCCAAACACGAGAAGUCCAGCAGAGAUGGGCAAAAUCAUCAUUUAUGAGCAUGUCAACUUCCAGGGCAUGUCCAAAGAAUUCACCACUGACACUCCCAACCUAAUAGCUGUGGGUUGGAAUGAUAUUGUCUCCUCAGUGAAAGUAAUUGGCCAGCCUUGGGUGGCUUAUGAGCAUGUUGAUUACAAGGGUCAGUUUCUGGUAUUUGAGGAGGGAGAAUAUGACUCUGUUGGUAAAGAGAUGAAUGACAGGAUCAGCUCUCUGCAGGUGAUCAGGGAAGAUCUGCACAAUCCCCAGAUCACUCUCUACCAACACGUUGACUACAAAGGGAGGAGCAGAAUAGUAAGAGAAGCAACCAACCUGGCUGGGGGAGAAAAUGAUGACAUCGUGUCUUCCCACAAAGUCCAGAGAGGUGUCUGGCUGCUGUGUGAGAAUAGUGAUGGAAGUGGGCCUCAGCACCUUGCCCGAGCCCAUGAGGAUGUUCCCAAUUACAAGGCAAUUGACUUCAAUGACAAGCUCUCCUUCCUGCGCCCCCUGCACCCUGGCCGUGACUCUUAAACUGCAGAGCCUGUGACCCUGAGGGAAGGUGCAGUCCCACCAGGAAACCUCUCAUCUCUGCCCCUGCUCGUGUCCCUUCCUUUGUGAUUUGCUUUACAAAACCCUUGUGGUACUUUGGCCUGUUCCACUGUCUGUAACCUCUUUUGGGUUGGUGCCAAUAAAGACUCUCUUGCAAGCAAC